CCCCCAUUACCUCUCUACUCGGAGAUUCGCCACUACUGCUUACGCUAAACUCGUGAAACUCUGAGGAAGCAAAUAAAAAUGAAUGUGAUCACAACUCCCAAAGAAACUCUACAUCUUAAAUCAAAACUUCGUCUUCUACCACGAGCUUCCCCUGCUCCAUAUCGAAGUCAACGUGUUCAACUUCUCCCGCUCAACGCCUUGUCUAACUCUUCUUUGACUUCUCCAGCUCGCAUUGUCUCACUUUCUCAAGGUGGCGGAUCGAUAGAUUUGUGGCGUAGAUAUGCAUCCGACAAGUUCUCAGACAUGGGUUUGGAUCCUGGAGCUGGUUCAGACAAGAUGUUUAAUGAGACGCCUACUUCUAUAGUGGAAACAUUGAAGAAAGCAAACUCAAUUCUUCCUCAUGUUGUGUUGGCGAGUACUGUCUUAGCUCUCCUCUAUCCUCCUUCUUUCACUUGGUUUACCUCCAGGUACUUUGUUCCCGCGUUAGGCUUCUUGAUGUUUGCCGUUGGUAUCAAUUCAAACGAGAAAGACUUUCUCGAAGCCUUCAAAAGACCAAAAGCUAUACUCCUUGGUUACGUUGGACAGUAUCUCAUCAAGCCUCUCCUUGGUUUCAUCUUUGGCUUAGCUGCUGUUUCUCUUUUCCAACUCCCAACUCCUAUAGGUGCUGGAAUCAUGUUGGUUUCGUGUGUUAGUGGAGCUCAGUUAUCAAACUACGCUACUUUCUUGACUGAUCCAGCAUUGGCGCCUCUUAGCAUCGUCAUGACAUCUCUAUCAACGGCUACUGCGGUUCUUGUCACACCGAUGCUAUCACUCUUGCUUAUAGGGAAGAAACUACCCGUUGAUGUGAGAGGAAUGGUAUCCAGCAUUCUCCAGGUCGUGAUCGCACCAAUUGCUGCAGGAUUGCUACUAAACAAGUUGUUCCCAAAACUAUCCAAUGCGAUCAGACCGUUUCUCCCAGUUCUAUCGGUUCUUGACACGGCAUGCUGCGUUGGAGCGCCACUCGCGUUGAACAUAAACUCGGUUAUGUCUCCGUUUGGAGCAGCGAUACUUUUGCUAGUAACAAUGUUCCAUCUCUCAGCUUUCUUCUCUGGAUACUUCCUCACCGGAUCAGUCUUUAGAAACGCUCCAGACGCUAAAGCCUUGCAAAGAACAUUGUCCUACGAAACUGGAAUGCAGAGUAGUCUUUUGGCUCUAGCGCUGGCGACUAAGUUCUUUCAAGAUCCUCUUGUUGGGAUUCCUCCUGCAAUAUCUACGGUGGUAAUGUCAUUGAUGGGGUUCACACUCGUUAUGAUAUGGUCUAACGGUAAAGAGCAAAGCAUUUAAAAAA